CUGGAAAUAUCUCCACGUCUUGCUGGAGCACCGCCCAGUCGUCUCCCUGAAUCCACAUGGUCUCCAAAAGGAGCAGCUUCCAGGCAGCCUGGGCUGCAUCGGCCCCACAUUCCCCCCCACACCGCAGGCCCCUUGUUUGAGCAUCAGCCCUUCAUAGUUACUUGGAACAUUCCCAGUCUGGUGUGUAACAGGCACAAUAUUUCACUGGACACCUCACCCUUUAAAGGAGUGGCCACACCUGCCAAGGUACCAGGACAGUUUUUAUCUCUGUUCUACACAAACAGACUGGGUCUUUACCCACAUGUAGAUAUUAAGAGCAGAAAAUUGUUCUAUGGUGGCAUCCCCCAAAGAGUAAACAUGAAAGCCAGCAUGGACAAGGCUAAAGAAGAUAUAAAUUACUACAUACCGUCCAAGACUUCCAGAGGCCUGGCUGUGAUUGACUGGGAGGAAUGGCGCCCUCUAUGGGACAGAAAUUGGGGCAAUAAGAGAAUCUAUCAAACACUGUCAGUGGCCCAUGCUAUGCGUACAAACCACACCCUCACAGCACAGCAGGCCAUGGAAAAGGCCAAACAACAGUUUGAGGAAGCAGCAAAGAGGUUUAUGUCAGGGAUGCUGGAACUGGGAAAAGCCAUGAGGCCAAACUAUCUUUGGGGCUUCUACCUGUUUCCCAAUUGCUAUAACUAUGGCUGGCAGGAGCCAGACUACACAGGCCAGUGCUCCAGGGAGGUGAGAAGGCAGAACGAUGAGCUCAUCUGGCUGUGGGAGUCCAGCACUGCCCUCUACCCCUCUGUUUACAUGCAGACUUCUCUUGCAGACAAUCCCAAAGCAGCGCUGAUGGUCAGAAACCGUGUCCAGGAGGCGUUGAGAGCCUCUGCCCUGUCUGUGGCGAGUGGCCCCAAACCCGUGUUUGUUUACAUGCGACCCGUUUUUGUGGACCAGAACAGACGUUUCCUCAGUCGGGAGGAUCUGAUCAGCACCAUUGGGGAGAGCGCGGCAGUCGGAGCAUCCGGCGCUGUGCUGUGGGGGGCCAGUGCUGACUUUGAUGAUCAGACCUCUUGUGAAGCCCUCUCGUUCUACCUCAACUCCACCCUCAACCCUUACAUCACCAACGUCACAGCAGCUGCCCAGCUCUGCAGCAGCUUCCUGUGUCGGGGGAAUGGCCGCUGCGUACGGAAAAAUUCCAAGUCCAAUCACUACCUCCACCUCAACUCUGAGACUUUCAGGAUCGUACAUGUCGGGGGGCGCUAUUUGGUUCUCGGGAGACCCACAUUAGCAGACCUGAAGAUUUUACGGAGGAGAUUCAGCUGUCAGUGCUACAAAGGCCUGAGCUGCACUCCCAGAACUUACAGAGAGCUAACCAAGGCCCUGACAUUUAGUGUGAAGCAAGGGCCCUUCAGUCUAAGUAAAGGUAUGUUAGCCAAUAUAGAGCAGGCCAGCAUCAACGAGGAAAGAAAAACAGGAAUGUUUAGCUUCAAAUGA